UUUAAUUUGGACUAUAUGUGUUCCUAUCUGUCACAGGUUUACAGGUUGUUUAUUGAAUGGCAAUCGUGUGAUGAUGUGCUGUAACAAACUCCAACCAGUAGGCCUAAGUGAACACCGCUCCCUGUUACACACCUGCAACAGUAAAUCAAUGCAAAGUACCUCUGCAGCCAGACUCUAAGCCUCUUGUGCUUCAAACAGUAGAUGGAGUGCUUACAGUCAGACGGCAGACAUGAUAACGCACGCGCACUUCUGCAAGGUUGGUUACUAUGGUUACAACACAAUGGGAGCCGGGACAGAGGUCUAUUCGAAAGGAAAGAAAAAACUGCAGGAAAGAGAGACUGAGGGAGAUGGAUUGUGUAUGUGUGUGUGUGUGUGUGUGUGAGAGAGAGAGAGAGAGAGAGAGACCGCUUGACUGGUCACUCCAUUGCAGUCUUACAAGAAAGUACAGAUUUGGGGAAGCUCUUUUAGUCUAAUACCAUUUUACAAUGCAAAGGCAAUAGAGAAGCUGCAUCUAAAGUGGGUUAUAUUCCACAAAAAGGUUGUUUAAUGCUGCGCAGAGGCAGGAUAAAUGCAUUUACAAAAUAAUGUUAUGAAAUUAUUUUUAAAAUAAUAUAAUGGAUACAGAAAAAUUGCAUUAAUUGAAAUAUAUUUAAAUGUAUGCUUCAUCACGACAACGACAGACAUCUUUUUUAUGUGACAUUGCAUCUUCACACAAUUUGAAGCAGGCACAGAGCCACCUUAUAGCCUAGCCUGUGUAGCAUGUGGGAAUUUUCAUCUUUACUUCUGUAAUGUGAAAUAUUUCCAAGUGAAACUUAUGAGAAUUUAUAAGUCAGAAAUGGUCCACUCAUACAUGAAAGAGAGAACUCGUAAGGGAGAAAGUCUGUUUAUUUACUCUAGGACACACUCAUGCUGGACCAGCCUGGAAUAUAGUUUAUUAUUAAAAUUGUAUGCAUGUGAUUUUGGCUUAUUUUUUUAAUUGAAUCUGAUUCUUGUCAGAUUUUAUGGAUGUUGGUGGGACUUGGAUGGAGAAAAGUGGGCGUUAUAUAUCAGAAUGAAGCUAGACCGAUUGAAGGUUUGCUAAAACAAUGGCUAAAUAGCUAAUUGGUUAAUAUUAUCCAAUAGCUGGUAUGGCCUUCAUGACAUCAGCGGAAAGGAAAGUUGUUUUAGAGGAAGAGCAAGACAUUAUAUUUUGACUAAACUAUUCUUGUUUGGAAUUAUAUGUAGCAAUAAUUGUUCACAUUAAGACCAAGAACUUAUUUUUAAUAAAGUAAGCAGGGUCAAUUUUGAUUUCAUGUUGACUUUAACUGAGGGAAAUAUGUUUUUUUUUUAAACAGCCUCAAAUAUGGAUGCUCAAGUUUUGAUGAAAAAAAAAGCCUAUUUCAAAUAAUAACUUUGCAGGAGAAAUGACACCCCUACCUCAUUAAGGUACUACAAUUAAGCCUAAUUAGUGUCCAUUACCUAAUCAAGCAGUUCUAGGUUAAUUUCCCUUAAUGAAGUGUAGUAAAUCGACAAUUAAAUAAGCAGCAAUUUACAUAAUGAAUAAAUGCCCUUAUCUCGACAUGUUUCUUCCAUCCUAUUUCCAUUGCUCUCCUUUCCUCACCUUAGCUUUUUUCCCUGAAGAAUAAGGAAAAUCACGCCCCUUCUCACCCUCGAGUGGUCGUGCGUCCCUCGCUCACCCCUCCGUGAAGAUUUGUGCCCGUACAGACUGCAAAAGAGUGCAAGUCGUCUUGACAGAGGAGCGGGAGAGGGGCAGAAAGAAAAGGGGGUGGGGAAGAAUCAAACGUACGCAUCAAUUUGUACAGUCUUCAGCUGCACCCCGUUUUCUGCGCCGAUUUCAGGGGGAGCGGCUGGAAAAAACACUGCGUUAUUUGCGAAGCCGCAACAAUGUAAAUCUUUCCGUGCAUCGAGUUGCCUGUAUGUUUGAACGCGUGUCGGUCAAUGUACAGUACGAACGGCAGCAGGAGAGAGAAAGAAAGGGAGAUACGCAUCGCUGGAUAUUAUAGGUUUCAAAGAUUCAGUGCUAUGAUAGGCAGCCUGUAGGCCAACCAUCCCGUUUGUGGUCACACUCCCGCUUUCUGUAAUGGCUGACUGGAAGGAAUGGACCACAUAGAGAGCUAGUCAUGAAGACCCGAACCCACAAAGAAUCGAUGCCCGCUCGCAGUGGACGCAGGAGGGGGGGCAGUGAGGAAAGGAGGGGUAGACGUCCGCACCCCAGCCCCUCUCGAGCAGAGCGCAAUGAAAGGCAAACACAGAGAACCACUGGAGAGGAAUUGGCUGGUGGACGUUUCAGCCGAAGAUCUCAAGGCCAUGAUUCAUCAGAAAGUGAAGGGGAGGAGCAUGUGCCGCCGCCCAAAAGACAGAAAGUCCAGGACUCCUCCUCCAAUCCCCCAGCCCCACCCCUUUCAACUAACACUCCGACUUCUGCUCCACCUCCAACGUCAAGCAACAGUCAAUCAAGAGAAAGUGACAAUGAGGAUGGCCAAUCACAAGGCAGUCGGAGCUCAGUUGGAGGCAGCUUAGCCAAUAGUAGCAGCAGCAUAAGCAGUGGUCGGGACAUUGACCAGGACAAUCGAUCCUCUUCUCCGAGUCUCUCUGCUUCCCCUUUGGCAAGUUUGGAUUCUGAAUCUGACUCUCCAGAUUCCCCAAAGCAGGGUGAUAAAAACAAAGAUGGAGGGACAUCAAAAUGUGUAACAGAAGACCGGAGAGGCACAGGGAGGGGUGAGGAUGGCAGACCAGAGGACCAGAGGAACAGUGAGGGAGGAAUUGAGGGAGAUUUGUCUUCCUUGAAGUCCUCUUCAUCCCUCUAUACAUCUCAUUGUGGAAGGGUGGACAAUGCAAGUGAUACAAGUAGCAACAGGAAGUCAUACUUCCCUGUAGAUUCCAAACUUGCAAGCAAAAUUGAGUAUACAAGUCCUGGUGGUCCAGAGACGCUACACACAUGCAGUCGCAUACCUUCAAAAGCAGGCCCUCAAUGUGGGAAACCUGGGGUGGGAGGAGCUGAGUAUUCCCAUGGGAAUUCAAAUGUGAGCCAUGCACCGACUCUCCCACCUCCACCUGCCCUGAAACCUCUAGAGGUGGGGCAGAAUGCUCCAGGUGGGGAAAGUAAAGUAGACAAACCAGAGAAAGGUGAUAAGUGUGUUCCACCCUCCUUGCUUCCACAAACUAGUACUGUUCCUCAACAACCUCCUCCUCCAAACACUCACCAUUACACCCCUACCAGCUGGUCAGGGGGACCUCCCUCUAGUUGUCCUGGCAACUGGGGAUAUGUACGUUACCAGGGUAACCACCAUGCACAUCCAAGCCAGCAGCCCCCAGUGCAGCAACAGCUGCCCUCUGUGUACAAUUCUCCUUCAUCCACCCGACACUCCUCCCACCCACCUUAUCUAUCUCACCCUCAUCCCCACCCACACAAAGAGUAUUUGCCCAGGUAUGGCACUACGGCUGAGCGGGAGAGGAGUGGGAGAGAGUUUGGCAACAGAGACUUCCCUGCUAGUAAUAGCAGUAGCAAUGCAAACAGCAGCAGCAGUAGCAUCUGUGGUAGCACUUCUAGUGGUGGUGGAACCAACUCUAAUGUGGGCCGGGAUUUUGGGAACUCUUUACCUGGACAAAGCAGAGAAUAUGGCUCAAACCGGGAUGGACCUGCAGGACCACCGAGUGGUCGGGAAUAUGGACCAGGGUUUAGAGAUCGCGAGCGAGGAACUGGGAGGGAGUUUCCUUUGCAGAACCAGCAGCUUCAAUCACAAGGCCGGGAGUUCGGACCUGAAAACACUGGAGGGGGAGGAUGUCAUCAAAGAGACAAGGACAGUAGGUGGGGAGAGUUAGCAGGCCAGGUUAGGGAGGCAGGGAGUAACAGUUAUUCUGGUAAUGCCAACCAAGCGCCUGUAGGUGCCCCAUCAUCUGUUUUACCUUCAACGACCCUGGUGACCCGUGACCCAGCCAGUUCACCACAAAACAACUCUGGUCACCCUCCUUUUUCCUCUGCCAAUUCAAUCCCUCCAAGUAGAGACUAUCCCUCACCUAUGGAUGCAAAUGUACAGCAGACUCUGCAAGGACAGACUCCCCAAGCAAAUUCCAAUGCUGCAGAUCUUCCUCCCCCUCCGCACUAUUUAAGAGAGUACCCUCCUCCAGGGACAAAGGAUCCCUACCCACCCCCUGGAUCGACCGCUUCCUCUGUCCCACUUUCUGGUGUACCAAGGGAGUUCCCGAGCCCACCUGGAUUGGCCCCAAGUCUUACUCGAGAAUAUCCUGGAGGACCUCCACUUCCACAUCACUCUCACUAUCCUGGCCAGACAGUGUUGCCUAUGCAGCAGAGAGACAGAGAGAGGGAAAAGGACAACACUACAUCUGCUCUUCAUUCAAAUCGCAGUCAUCCUCCAUCCCUUUCUCCUUCAUCAAGUGGUUCUGGACAUGGACAUCCCCCCUCUACUUCUUAUCCCCCUCCACCUCCUCCACCCUCCAAUAGUUCACAUGGUCAGCCCCCACCCAUUGCAUCCCUUCCAGGCAGUCAUGCUCGACAGGCCCCAUAUUCUUCAUCCAAUCAGACUCCACCAACCCCGCUCUCACCUCUUCCCAGUCCCUCAACCAAUCCAAUGGGAGGAUUUUCUCCUUUCCCAUCAACCUCUGCUCCUUCUGUACCACUUCCUGCAACAGGUGUGUCCACCUCUUGUACAUCAAGUUGCAGACCUACUCCUUACCAUGGCACUUUAAGCAGUCAUACUCCUUUCAGUAGCUCUUACCAUGGCAACAGUAGCCAUGGAAAUAGCAAUGCCAGUGGCAAUGCACCCAACAACAGCAACAGCACUAGCACUCCAUCACUAUUGCACUCCCCUCAAAACACUAAAAUACAACCACAUCUCAGUAACCCCGGCCAUAACAACACUGCUUCAACCCCCAGCACAUCUGUUGGAGGAGAUGGUCACUCUGACUCAUCUUCUGGCCCAGUGCCACCACCUGUCAUCAAGGAGGAGCCAGUAGAAGAGAGGGAGGAGUUGGAAAGCCCACCUCCAGUUCUCCGAAGUCCUUCCCCAGAACCUAAACCUGUUGAUAUUCCAAUCCAUGCCAGCCAAUCAGCUCGGUUCCACAGGGUUCUUGACCGGGGCAGUGGGAACUCUUGUGCCCGUAGUGACGUUCUAUUUGUUCCGCUUGAUGGUUCUAAGCUUUGGAAGAAGAGAAAUGAGGCAAUAGAACGUGCUCGAAGAGAGGUUGAACAGCGAGCGAGAGACCUGCGAGAGAAAGAGCGGGAACGGGAGAGAGAAAAAGAGAGGGAGAGGGACCUGGACAGACAUCUGCAGAAGGACAGUGGCGCAAGUGUGGGGUUAGGAGCUGCAGGCGCACGCCAGGGCCCUUCACUCUUCUUUCCUUCUUCAUCCUCCAUCCUUCUAGACCCUUCAUCAUCUUCCUCGUCCUCUGUGAACCCUUCACACCCAGCAGUCCAUCCACAGCACCACCCUGCCCACCAUGCCUCACAUCCCCACUCCAUUCACCCCUCACAUCCUCUGCAUCCCUCUCUCUCUCAUAGCAUUCCUCAUUCUCUUCUCCUCCCUUCCAUGGCAGGGGGCUCUCCAGUUGUCGGAGGCCCUCAGGGUGCUCUUGGCAUCGGGCUUGGGGGUCCAUACUUGGGCCCUGAUACCCCAGCCCUCAGAACCCUGAGCGAGUAUGCCCGUCCUCACGCCAUGUCUCCUUUGGGCGCUGCCAGCCGGGCACAGGCACACCAUCCCCACCUUCAUCACCAUCCUCACCCACAUGCGCAUUCGCACGCUCACGCUCAUCCCCAUGUGCACCCUUCAUUUUUCCUGUCCCAAUUCCAAAACCCAGCCCUCGCACACCCCCACCACCUUCCAGCCGACGCUGCCACGGCUGCUGCCAUUCUGGGCUUUUUGUAUGGGGGCGGGCUGGAGGGAGGCCCCGCCCAUCCAGGGCAUGGUCCCGGGCCUGGUGGGUUGGCUGGGGCGGGGCUUGGAGGAGUGGGAUUCCCUCAUGCUGUAGCAGCUCAAAGAGAGCGUGUGAAGCCAGGAUUUGAGUUUAAGAGCGAGGAGCGUGUCUACACAGCUGGAGCCUUAUCCGACCCGGCAAUAGCUUUGUCACACGCACACUCGCACGCACACUCACACUCCUUGCUGCUGGGGGGUGGAGCUGGAGGCGGGCCUCCUGGUAGUGAGGUUGCCCUUUAUGGUACAACUCCACCUCCUGCGCCACCCCCUCAAGCUUUAGCUGCAGCAGCUAGGAAUCCAAAUCCCGUCCCUCCACCUCUGUCAGUCCCACCCACCUCUUCUAUUCUCCCAGCCUCACUCCCCACCCACCAGGCUCCUGCCGUAGCCCCAGUGACACCAGCAGCACCCGCCCCUCCCCCUCAACCUCCUCCCCCGCCACCUCCUCCUCCUCCUCCUCCAACAGCCUCAUCUCUUCAUCACCCCUCUCCACACUCUACCUUUCCAAAUACACACCCUUCCUGUCAGCCCCCACCCCUCCCAACUCAGGCUCCGCCUUCAGAACGAUAUCCCACCCCCGUUCGCACUCCUCCCAGCACUGAACGUGCAAGGAGCGUGGAGAGGGAGAGAGUGAUGCCUGCUGCAGAGAGGGAGCGAGAGAGGGACAGGGAAAGGGCAGGGACAGGUGGAGGAGCAGCAGGAGGAGGCACAGCUGCUGCUGGAGGCACAGGAGGAGGAGAUUCUCUCGGCCGGCUACAGAUGCUGAACGUGACUCCUCAUCAUCACCAGCAUUCACACAUUCACUCUCACCUACAUCUGCACCAGCAGGACACAGCCGCGGGAGGGGUACACCCCCUGAUGGAUCCGCUGGCAUCAGGGUCUCCCCUGGCCCGUCUGCCGUACCCAGGGGCUGCUCUUGGGCCUCCAAUUCUGGCACACUCCCUCACUGACAGCGAGGUGCUUCGACAGCAGCUCUUUGGUGGUCCUUUCCGUGAGAUGCCCCAGUCCUCGUCUCUGGGUGGGUCAAUGUCUGCAGCACACCAGCUCCAAGCAAUGCAGCAGGCUCAGAGUGCCGAGAUUCAGUUCCAGAGACUCGCCCUGGAACAGCAGUGGAUCCACCACCACCAUCAUCACUCCCUUGCACAGGACGAGUACUACAGCCACCUAAAGAAAGAGAGUGACAAAACGCUGUGAGAAACACAGAGGACAUGAAGACAAGAAAAUGAAGAAGGGAUGAAGUGCAAAUAAUAAUAAAAAAAACAAUCAUUUCAAAAUUCAGCACUGAAUGACAACAAAUCUGGAUACAAGUUUGGAUGUGACAUCAGAACACAUAUCAUUAAAUCUGAACUAACCUAAAUACAGGUGUCGCGAACAAUGUGUAUAUUCCAAAAAGGUGAGAUGUAUAACUCUGGCAUACAGCCUAGACACUGGCACAGAAUGGAUAUUCCCAAACGUCCUGCUGGAGGAUUCCUCAUUGUGUUGUUUCAUACAGCAGGCAGAGGCGUUUCGGCUGUGGUUCAGUCUAUGUACACAACAUUAUGCCAGAGAGAAUGUCUAAAAAUCAAGCUCACUUUUAUGUCUUUGCAUGUAGCUAGAUACAAAAGCCCAAUGGGCUAAAAUUCUUGAUCUGUUUUUAUUUGUUUGUUUGGUUUUGGAAAACGUAACCACUCUGAAAGAGUGUUUAUGAAAGGGUGCAUGAGAUAAACAGCUUACCUUCAUAAUGUUUCUUUAUCGUGUUCUUAUUAAAAUUAUUAAUGUUGUUUGUUUGUUAAUAAUUAUAUGAUUAUAUAAACAUUAUUUUUUAUUAUUUUUUUACAUUUUCAUGGUACCGCUGUUUAUUUUUAAUGUUUUAUGUUGAAUUUACCUUGUGAGGGGAAAAUGCAAGAUAAAAAAAUAAUGAAAAAGAAAAAUCUGGAAAUAAAAUACCAUUUCUUUCCUAUAAA